AUGCGCCAGCCCUACCCUCGCGACCGUCCCGCCUCAGGACGUGGGCAGCCCAGCGCCGCCCCUGUCGUGGGCAGCCCGGGCGGGACUGCUGCUUUGCACGGUGACGGCAGUGCUCUGGCAGCCAUGUCCACAGGAGACUCACAGCAUGCAGGAGGCAGCAGCAGCACCAUAGCUCCAUCUCUGUGGCCCAUCGGGAAGCCUUCCAAGUGCCUCCUGAUGUGUUCUGUGAGCCAAGGUGUGAACUGGCUUAUCCAGAUUUUAAGUGAUUUGAUAUUUACAACUCUCCCGAGUAAAUCGGUAAGUACAGAACUACCAUUUAUUGACUGUGGAGAUCCAGAUUCUCUAAAGAGAAUGAAGGAGAUUCCUUUGCCAAGGAUUUUGGUAACACAUCUGAAUUAUGAUUGUCUCUCCAGGUAUGUUUUCAAGAACAAAGCCAAGAUACUAGUGCUGUUUCAAAACCCUAAACAUACAGCUGUUUAAUUUUUCUAUUUCCAUAAUAAUUUGCCAAAUGUCCCCAGUUCCAGCUCCUGAUUUUUCUCAGAGUACAUGAAUGGAAAACGUAUUUCAGCUGAUCAUGUAGUCACCUGGAACAAACACAUGGAAGAUGACACUAUUACAAUCAUAAUAUAUGAAGACCUUAAAGCAGAUGCUGUCUAUAUAAGGUGUGUGGUUGGAGACUGGAAGAAGUGUUUCCCUGAAGCUCAGAACCAAAUGAAUGCCAAAUUGAAAGUAUGCUUAUAAGGAGCUAAGCUGGGAGUAAAGUUAAAAUAUGAUCUGUACUACAAGACCUGA